AGAGGUCCUAUGGCAUUUUGGCACGUCAAAGGAGUAUUUCACUGGCCAAGAUUCGGCCUAAUCCUGAACUCAGUCACGCAUGGCAGAUUCUGAACAAUCCCUGUCUCCCAGGGUAAAAGUGAUUUUCCGAUGAGUAGCACUAUGACCCAUUUUCCAGUAAUUGUCAUUUGUCGAGUAUUUGAAUUGGCUGGAUUUCAAGCACACAUUCCUUGCCAAAUCAGGUCACUGACAGCUGCAACCACAAAUCUCUCUCGUUCAUAAUUUUCCUCCUCUGCUACAGAGCAUUAAUGUGAAUGUACACUGGUAUUGUUUUAUUGGGAAAUACGUUUAUGCUGGUCUGUCCCCAAUUGGUGAAUAAAUGGGGUGGCUGAAAAGAGCAAAUGGCUCUUUGUUGCGGUGCAGGCUCAGUGGUGGCAAAAAUGGCCUGGCCUGGCCAGGACAGAAACAAACGGAGGGCCGCUAAUUGGGCCGAGGUUCACUGGCAACAAUGAAGGGGCUAGAAAAUUCCAGCCGCCGUGCGACAGGGCCCGCUUUGUUGUUGUGUUUGUUCUCGGCCACGUUGUUCACUGUUAUCUUUUCUGUGGCCUCUCCACUCCCCUCCCGCCUCAGAGGGCAUGAAAGCCCCUCCCACAGUCGCUGGCCCAGAGAGCUGAGCCGUGCUCCCGGGCCGUCACUCUGACAGCGGCCAGCAUUCGAGAGCCUCCAGCCCCCGGGAGCGUCCCGGCGGGCAUCCCCGCACCGGCGUUCCUCAGCCGCACCCCGCACACCCCGACUUCCAACCCCAGCGCCCCUGAAGGAGAGGAGAGAGAGAUGAUGGGGCAGGCCCCCCAGGACGCGCAGGAGGGCCUGGGAGCCGAAGAGCUGGAGUGCAAGAUCUGCUACUACCGCUACAACCUCGGUGGCCGUCGGCCCAAGGUGCUGUACUGCGGCCAUCGCCUAUGUGCCAAGUGCCUGGCCAAGAUCCUGGACCUGGGCGAGUCCCCGCCACGUGCCAUAGUGUGCCCCUUCUGCCGCUGCGCCACCAGCCUGCCCGAGGAGGAGGAGGAGGCGGCGGCGGACGCAGGCGGCCUACCCGACGACCGUGGCCUGGUGGCGGCCCUGGCCCUCCGGCUGCAGAACCGGAGGAACCUGCUAGAGGGCUCCACUGAGCUCCUGCUCAGCCCUCGGUGCCUCAACGCUCUUGUUGGGCCUCCCUCUUCCUCCGCGUCUCCUUCCUCACGCGGAUCCCCCAGCUGCCUGGUCAUCGCCAUCGUGGAGCCCGGCCAGGAGUCACCAGCUGUGUCCUCGCAAGCCCACCCGGCCGGUCGGACCCACCGCUCCCCUAGUCUGGACUCGAUGGCAUCCAUCGCCCGCCGCUGGACUGUGUGGAACUGCGCCUCCCUGCUAUGUCAGGCAUCUGCCCGGGCCCUGAUCUGGCUCCUGGGGCUGCUCUAUUUCAGCUCCUUGCCGUUGGGGGUCUACUUGCUCAUCAUGCAGAAGACCACGCUGGGCGUGCUCCUGGUCAGCCUCGUACCAUCCAGCCUGGUGCUCAUCAUGGUCUAUGGACUCAGCCAGUGCCUCUGUCGCGAACUCCUGAACUGCGUGUCCACAUAGUACCCUGAGGGACAGCCAAAUGUGUACGUUCACAAGUCCUGGAGUGGCCUGACUUAAUACUUACAACAGAUCCGAAAGAUUGCCACAAUGGAUCCUGAAAGAUUCCCCAAAUGGAUUGAUUUUAAAAAAAACAAAUCAUGGAAUACAGUUAAAGCUGAUAUCAGGCCAUAUCACGGUUUUCAAAUUCAUAAUCUGAUCAAAACAGAAAAGAAUAGAUUCUAUGGAUUCUUUCUCUUUUUUAUGAUUAAGAAUGUUUGGUGAUUGACUGUAAAAACCAUUAUGGAUACUUAAAAACCUUGAUAGCAACUCAUGUAUAUUCUGUAUUCAAUAGUUGUUAUAGUUUGAUUUGUAUAUACAAUUAUAUAUCAUUUAAAAAACCUUUUAAAUUCACCGAAAUAGCACUACGACCUCAUCUCUAACCUCAUCUCUAAGACCUUAGCAGGAGCUCAUAAAACAAAGCAUGAACCAAACUCAUUGCAUUGUACAUUUUUAUAAAAGAGAGGAGAGGUAUGGUAUGAAUGGAACACAAAUCCACAGAAACUAAGUGAAGAACAAUGUCUCUCAUUUCCAGAAUAAGAUGUUGUAACUGUUGACAAAUAUCCUCAGAAGGGAGGACUACAGCAUGAAGUAGGGGCAUUGUUACAAGAAAACAAUGCUUGAACCAAACUGCCAUUGUAGCCCGAUUUAUCUAAUCCCAAGGAUAUGCAAGAAUUGAGAAUUAGCCUUGAAGACUACAAAAAUGGGCAGCAAAUAAUAGAGCAGGACAGUGCGUUAUAACCUGCACACACUCUACAUUAGUUGCAUGUUGAACUGAAGUGCUAAUAGGAUUAUGAAACUGAAAUAUAAAGAAUGAGGCUUAAGGGGUGUUGAGAUGAUUCAAUACAGAACAACAUAGAUCAAACCUGGAACAUACCGUUUAACUAAAACCAUCUGACCAGCUCUGAGAUGUCUCAGUGUGGCGUAUUCUGAGAGGAAAAGGCUAAAGCAAAAUUUGGAAAUUGUAGAAACUCGCGAUUACAAUUAACUUGAUAUGGGUGUAUUUUUUCUUUCUCUUUUGUUUUUCAUUGAAAGAAAAUCACUUGAAUAUUGUAAGAAAAUAUGCAGUGAUAAAACCUUUUAAACCAUUGUGUUUUUACAGCUGUAAAUAUGUUCCAUUUCAUGCUAUAUCACUCACUCCUUUUGUAAACGAUAUUCAGCACGUUCUUCAUAUAAAGGAAUCACUGUAAGCACGGUGGUCCCUAUGUAUGAGGGCACUCAAGACACUUGAUUGUACUAAAGAAUGUAUUGGAUAACAGCAAUGCUUAAGAACACUUAAGAAUUAAACUCAAGAUUCAA